AAUCCACCGGAAAACCCUCCUCCUCCUCCUCCCCCUCUUCGUCCUCCUCUUCGUCUUCAUUUAAAACCGAGCGGAAGUCUGGGGACUAAUGCAAAACCUCUCAGUGACCGAAGCAACACUUUGCUGCAGAGUUCAAUUGAAAUACCUUAUUUAUUCCAGUCGCUGCUCCAUCGAUGCGCCACUAUGACGCACAUCUCUGCUGUUCUAGCUUUCACUGUAAUAUCAGCCCUCGUGGGCUGCACAGCCGCACAAGCCUCCAUCCACUGCAGCUGGACAAAAGUUUCGUCGAAAGACCAAGUGCACGUCAGCUUUCUCCGGGGGGCACAGCUUAGUAGCGUUGCGUCCCUGCGCCUCUACCACAGCGUCUGGUCUGGAGAAGUCGCUCUGCUGGGGUGCACCUGGAGCGAUGACGCAGCGCUGAUCCAGAGAUAUUUGUCUCUGUGCCGGGGGCGCACGCAGGCAUUUUCCAAGCAUGCGGCACCAAUUUUUAAGAUGGAUUCUUUGUUUGACGCAGAUCAAUGCGUCUCUCUGGCUUCUCCAGGCUUCGGAAAGCUCGUGGAGCACAGAGGUGGGAGACACGUGAGAAGCUUUGGAGAUCAAGGUGAAGAUGAAAGGUCAGAGGCCAGGACGCACACGCGUGUAAAGCGCGGCUUUAUUGUCCCCGGGACUCUGUGGUGCGGCUCUGGCAACAAAGCGCCAUCAUACGCAGAUUUGGGGGUUUUUUCAGACACAGACAGCUGCUGCAGGGAGCAUGACCAGUGCAAACACACCAUCCUGUCUUUUCAGUCUGAGUUUGGCAUCUUCAACAGCAACAUCUUUACCAUGUCUCACUGUGACUGCGAUAACAAGUUUCACAACUGUCUGAUGGAGGCAAAUGACAGUAUAGCUGAUGUAGUAGGAUAUACCUUCUUCAACCUGUUGAAGAUGCACUGCUUCACCUUUUCUCACCGACUUCAAUGUGCUGAGAGAAACUGGUUUGGAAUGUGUAAAAAGACUCAAAUGGCGCUCUAUGCUGAUGUCCAUCCACCCACGAUGUGGGAGUCCACGGCGUCCACAGAUGGCUGUGUGAACAGCUCUUGCUCCGAGAUCAACUCCACUGCACCUGCAGAACUCCAGGAAACAAACACAGCGGAUUCACAUCUCCUCUCGACUACUGCUGCCACAUUCACGGGACCCGCAUCUUCAGCCACUCCCUCCAUCACUGCAGUGGCUGAUGUUGCAAACUCCCCAGAUGGUAAGGGACCAGAGGCGGCUACAGAAGCAGCGACUGAGAGGAGAGAUGAGCUGGAGAACCUUUUACCUUCCAAACACCUCCCUGUGAUUCAGCAGAACUCCAAUUUGACGGAGGAGGAGAGGUCUUGCAUCGUAUACAAAGAACUUGAUAAGUGUAAGGACAAGAUUCUACCUCAGCAGCGAAACUAUGGCCUCCACAACACCGAGCUAAGGACGCUUUAUCACUGCAACUGUACAGCCAGACUUUUCCACACCGUGGCUCAACAGAGACAACUGAGCAAAGUGCAGGCUAUUCUGUUUGGACAUGUGUCUCAAUCUUGCUUCCUGCCCCAGGACUGCAAAGCACACAGCAACUGCACUGCGGUUGUGGUGAAAGCAGAAGUUCCUCCAUUGGAUCAAAGGAGCGUUGCAGAAGUGGAGGAGCAGCGCCAUCUACAGGCAGUGACAACGAAGGUCAGGAGGCCGGGGAUGAAGAAAGCAAAGAGAAAAGACAGACGUGUGAGACUUUACAAGAUGUGUCUGAAGAUGACUCGAUCCAAACCAGUGAAAAAGGCCAACAACCAAGUCCAAAACGCACAGCAACCAGAUAACACAGAACCAGAGGUCAACUGAAUGGGACUGUAACAGGGAGGCAAAGUGUCCAUUAAGGAACAGAUCAAUGACAUUGUGAAAUAAAGCAGUAAACAGAUAAUGUCAAAGAGCAAAUGCCAACUAUUUCACCUGCUUUUUCUUCAGUAGCACAGGAGUUAUUUUCUUUUGAAUUAGACAAAGUAAAUAAAUUGAAAUAAAAUUAGAAGGGAACAUUUUGCUCCAGGAUAAAAAGUUUUUUCAUGAUAAAGGUUCUGUUUGAAAAUUGCUUUUCCAACAUUCCUAAUAUGACAACUGGCAGAUAUUUAUUUCACAAUGUCUAAUGUUUUAUCAAGUACUGAAAACCUCUUAACUAUUGCACUAUUUUAUAUUUAUUUUAUCAACCUUUGAGAAACUCUGGAACUUGGUUUAGGCCAAACUCUUCCUUGAAUCUAUGAAAUGCAUUUCUGUCCUGAAGAGAAGGUAAAGCUUUGACUUCAGGAAAAUGUAGCUGACAUGGGGACAUCAGUGGGCUUUUCCUGCAUCAAAACAGCAAGAUUACCGAAAUGAUCAGCGAGAUGAAAAUGGCACCUAAAGGUGGCUCUUUUUUAAACACUGUACUUCAUAUAAUGUGGUCAUAUCCUUCAGUUCUGAUGUCUCUGACUGUUCAGAGUUGGUCUGAAAAUGUGACGAAUUUACAGCGUCUCCUAAAAGUGUAGAAAUUCUUGUUACGAUACCACGCGUUGUCAGGGGGAAAAAAAAAACAUUCAUUUCAGAUUUGUUUCCACAUCUGUGAAAAAAGUGAACUGAAAAACAAACACAUCUAUAAAAUGGAAAAAAACACAAUGCAAAAACUUGCUUGAUUAAGUGUGCACACUCUCACAUUAAUACUUUGUUGAAACAACUUGUGGUUCAGUUUCAGCAUCCAGUCUUCUAUGGUCGGACUCUAUCCGUGUCCCAGAUCUUCACUUAGCAAUAUUUGCCUGCUCCGCUUUGCAGACGUAUCAAGAAUACACACGUUUUGUUUUUUUUUCACAUGUAGAACACAAUCAGUACUUGUUGGAAACUCCUCUUGACAGCCUCCCUGACCAGUUUUUCUAAUGUUCCUCUUCUCCCAUAUUUUCCUGAGCUGCUGGUGAUUUGCAUCACCCUGCCAUGGUUCAUUUAUAACACUGUGGAUUUUUUUGCAACCUUCUCCUGGAUCAUUUCGUUUUGCUACAAUUCUAUUUUGUUUAGAAGCUACAAAACAUAGUUUUUAUCCUUUGUAACCUUUCAGGGACACUAUGGCUUCAACUAAAGAAUGCAGAUGUCAGACAAAUCCUGCAAGGACAGCUGAAACUGAAUCAAAAAGUGCUUCAACAAAAUAUUAGUUUAAAAGGUGCCCACAUUUAUGCAACCAGAUCUUUGCAGCUUUUUAAAAACUACUAUCCCUCAUCACCUGUGGAACUGUACAGGAUAAAUGCCACAUUAUAUGAGAAACGGUUUAGAAAUUAUCUAUCAUGGACUUUUUUUACAUAACAAAAAUUGGUGUGUGGACUUUUAAAAGUCUGUUGACCAGCUCCUAAGUCAAUGUUGAAGUAUUUGUAUGUUAAGUAUUUUGUGUUAACCUUUGUAAAUUUUGUUUUAGGUAUUGCACUAAACUGUGGAAAGAAUUUGUAAAUGCCUGUACAUAAGAAAAUUUCAUUAAAGUUGAGAAUUAUGGAAAU